AUGCGACCUCGUCCCCCGCAGCGACCGCAACAACAACAACAACAUAACAAUGUGUAUCCUAAUCCCCACCAACAUAAUGGGUAUAAUCAGAACCCAAUGAUGAUGAAUCCACAGAUGAUGAUGAUGAUGGCUAAUCCAAUGAUGGGUCACAUGCCGCCAAUGCAACCCCAGUUCUUUAACAACAUGCCUCAACAACAACAACCACUUCACCAGUUUGGUUUGCCGCCAAACCCUAUCAACCAGUUUCUUCCAAACCUCUUGGGAAGCCUUCAGUUUGCCGCUGCUAAUAAUAAUAAUAAUCUCAUGGGUGCUUUCCAGCCACAGCUUAAUUCCUUUAACCCCCCUCCCUAUCGUCCUCCUCCUCCUCCACCUCAAAUUCAAAAUCAAAACCAAAACCAAAACCACCAGUUGGGCCCUCCAGGUUUCUCAGAACCAAGACCACAGGUGCAGUCUAUAGGAAACGUCAACAAUUCCAAUUCCAAAGGGAAUAAUUUUCGUAAUAAUUUUACUAAUCAACAGAGGUUCAAAGGCUCUGGUCAAGGAUCUCAGCCGUAUCAAGGAAACAAUGCAAAUAAAAAGUUCGGGUUCAAUAAGAAUCAUAAGGGAAAAGGGAAAAAUAAUAAGAUGCCAACUAGGGUUUAUGGAUCUGAUGCUGGUAACGUAGAUGAAGAAACGAAAAGAGUAUACAUUCCGAACUAUCCUCCAAAAGAAGUUCAGCAAUGGCGUCAAGCUCGGCGUAAGAAUUUUCCAACGAAACUCAACGUUGAAAAGAAAGUAAAGAAAAGUGAUUCAAGCGGCAGCCUUGACGAUGAAGCUAAACUACGUCGUCAGCAACUCCGGGAAGUUUUAGCAAAGCAGCGUGAGUUAGGUGUUGAAGUAGCAGAAGUUCCUUCACAUUAUUUAGCCAAUCCAGUUGAAGAAGACAACAAUGGACACUUCCAACACAAAGAUGGCAAAAAGGGAAGAUUUAAACAGAAUAAGAGAAAGUAUGGUGGAAAAGACAAGUUUAAUAAAAAACGGAAGUCCGAAGACAAAGAUUCAUCUCAAGAAUCUUCUUCCAUUACGACGAGAGAACCUACAUUGCUUGAGAAGCUCCUAAGCGCUGACAUAAAGAGAGACAAGAUCCAGUUGUUACAGGUUUUCCGCUUCAUGGUAAUGAAUUCAUUCUUCAAGGAGUCGCCAGAGCAACCUUUGGAAUUUCCUGUGGUUAUGGUAGAAGAGACUGGUUGUGAACAUGUUGAGGAAGUUUUAUCCGAUGAUGAUGAUGAUGAUGAUGAUGAUGUGGAGGGUGACUCAUGUGAUGAAGCUUCUGAUUGAUAAAUUUUAAGUUUUCUAUGUUUGUGAGCUAAAAAACACAUGACGUGUCUUAAGGAUUAGCCGCAGUAUCAAUCUAUUUGUGUUUCUUUUCUUAAUGAUUUGUUGUCUAGAGGAAAUAACGAUGCAGAGAGUUAACAUCUUAUUUUAUCAGUCAGAACACUGCAACAUUUAGUCCGUCACUCAACAUAUAUUUUGAAUCUACUAACUUUCUUCUUA